UUCACAACAAUGGAGUCAAGCAUAGAUGGGGUUCCUCAAAAUAUGUUUAUUUGCCAUUUGUGCAGUUUAUCUACACCAUUCACAUACUAUGGACAGAAGCCACCCAAUACCAGGGCUAUUGUCUUGUUGGAAGAGUGUUUUGUGACCAAGGACCCUUUCAGUCCAGACCGAGAGAGGUUCCUUAUCCUGGGAUCCAACUGCAGUUUGUGCCACAUCACAGUUUGUGUUGGAACGGGCUGCAGCCUUUUCUACACCAAGCGAUUCUGCAUGCAGUGUGUGAACAAACACUUAGACCAGUUCCCCCCUCACAUUCAAGCUGAGCUCGCCAAGAAGAAACAGCCAUCAAAGACAGGUGUUUCAUGAUUUCUGCAAGAGACAAAUUAAAGACUCUGGAGGUACUUCAGGAAGGAAAAUCUCCUAGCCUUUCAAUUAGGAGAUGUCUCUCUGGGUUGUGGCUAGCGUGCUUGCCUUGGGGUCAAGUGACCCGUGUAGUAUUCCCACUUAGGGUGAUACUGUCUCCUGUUGGUCACUUGUGAUAUACCCCUCUGGGAUAGACACGUUUCUGUUUUGGGAGAAAUGGUUGGAACUGAACAUUACUUCUGGGCCACCUAAGGGAUUCUAGUUGGUGUCAUAUACAGUUUUACCACUAGAUAUCAGUAAAGACUUACAUCCCUCAUUCACAGCAGCUGAAUACAAGGAGUCCCAACGUCAAAAUAUAUAAUGUACCUUGUUUAAUAUUUCAGUAUAACAUGGAAAAAUUGUACAAUAUGUUGAAAAUACAUAUACUACCAGAAUUACGUGUAGUUUGCACUUGAUGAAAUAUGCUCCGCCCAAGCAUUGAUACUAACACUAUUUUUCUAUGGAUGACCUCAAUGUUUAUAAAACAAGAUGUGUUAACUUGUUGACCUUGCAGAGUAAAUGAGAACUCUCUGGUCCUAAGGGACAUUCGGUGUAUCCCAAAUGGCACCCUAUUCCCCAUUUAGACUAGUGCACUACUUUUGACCAAAGCCUCAUGGGCCCUGGUCGAAAGUAAUGCACUAAAUAGGGAAUAGGGAGCCAUUUUGGACAAAAUCUAAAUUGUCCCAGUGAGGGAACUCCAAGUACAUAAGCAAAUGUAACCACUAAACUGCAGUGAUAGUCAGAUUGUGCCAAAGUCAGUUGGCAAUAGGCGAGCUGCCAACUGUGAUGGAAGGUAUUUAACACUGAGGAUAUGUCACUCUGGACUGGAGGCAGGUUUAAAAAGAACAAACAAAAUUGUCAUAUUGGAGAUGUUGAACCCUGAACCCAACAUUGCCAAAUGUAGGACAGGUAUAAUUCCACAAAACCCUUCCCUAUCUCUCCCCGCUCUUUAGGGAGACAAUUCCAAACAAAAAUCUCCUACCCUUGCUCCAAAAACUGACAGAAAGUGUCAUUCUAUGACUGUUCAUAAGAGACUGCCAUCAACUUUCUUUUGUCAUAAACCAAUAAAAUAUAGGUGCAUAAAGAAUAAUACAAAUAUUACUUUAUUCAACUACCUAGACUAUUACUAGGUUAUUACUUUAGACAUGGCCACUUAUUAAUAACUUUAAAAUGGUAUUACAUUUUUAUUAUCACAAUGGGUUGAUCUGUUUAAAUUCUAAAAAUACAAUAUUCCUACAGCCACGUUCACCUUUAAGAAAUAAAUAUGGGCGGUUCCAUGUUCUUAAACCAAUUAAGCUAAUUUUCUGUUUGAAUAGCCUUACCUGCCAAUCUGUUUCCCACAAUAGCAGUUCCUCUCUAAUGCCACAUUGGGUCCAGCCAGCGAGAGAAAGAGAGAGGCCAAACUCGGAAAAAACACCUGUCUCCGUCCAGCAGGGGGCGGUUUUCGUUGGUUCGCCAAACAAGCAAUGCGUUUUUUAUGGAAGUCAAUGAGAAUGUCGAAUUUGGUCAACAUAAAAAUGUAUGGCUUAUUUGCUAAGUGAGGUUAAUUUGAUCAGAUAUAAGUUUCGUAAUGCUUAAGUUGUUACGAGUUUACUGAUAUAAGAAAGACACGUGACAUCCCGGCAACUUUAAGGAAAAACACUUUAUAUUGGAGUUGUCCAGUAUGAAAAUGUAUGCACUCA